UUCGUAAGCUGAAAAAUAGGAAAACGGAAAAUUUACAUUGCAUUUUUUUUAAGUUUAUAAAAAUGAUAUAUGGUGUAUAUAUAGUGAGCAAAUCAGGAGGUUUAAUUUUCAAUAUAGAUCACCAUGUAGCAAAAGUAGAAUCGGAAAAACAAUUCAGUUUUCCUUUAGACAUUAAACUCGACUAUGAGGAUAAUAAAAAAGUAUCUGUAUCAUUUGGCCAGCGGGAAGGAAUAAAUGUUGGAAAUGUUUUGACAGCAGUCAAUAAUGUACCCACUAAUGGUACAUUGCUAGAGGAUGGACGCUCAAUAAAGGACUUUUUAAACAACGAAGAAAACUUUCCAGUAACUCUCAAAUUUAGUAGACCAAAGAUGACUACAAAUGAACGCAUAUACCUAGCUUCCAUGUUUUAUCCACUAUUUGCAAUCGCUUCUCAGCUUUCACCGGAACCUAAGAGUUCUGGAAUUGAAUUACUUGAGGCAGAUACUUUCAAAAUGAACUGUUUUCAAACCUUAACAGGAGUUAAAUUUAUUAUAGUGACAAAAACAUUUCAAAUUGGAAUAGAUUUAUUGCUCAGAAAAAUUUAUGAGUUGUAUUCCGAUUAUGUACUAAAAAAUCCAUUUUACGCUUUGGAAAUGCCAAUUCGAUGUGAAUUGUUUGAAAAAAAUUUAAAAGAAAUUCUGGAUCAAGUGGAAAAAACAGGUAUUGUAAAUAUAUAAUGAGAAAUUCACCUAUUCAAUUCAAUUGAAUUUACAAA